AUCUCUCUGGGAAGGACAUCAAGCAGAGGGCACUAAUUGAUAUGUACAGUGAAGCCGCUUGGGACCUGGGUGAAAUGGUCAUGCAAUUACCCUGGAAGUACAUUGAUCCGAACGAGAGGGAGAAGGAAACAAUCAUGAUCCCUGGGAAAGCGAAUGGCAGAUAUUUCCCAGUUUUUGAAAAGGUCCUGAAAGAUCAUGGACAAGAUUUUCUAGUGGGGAAUCAACUCAGCAGAGCAGAUAUCCAGCUGCUUGAGACCACUUUAGCAAUAGAAGAGCUGAAGACCGAAGUCCUCUCCAAGUUUCCUCAUUUAAAGGCUUUUAAAACAAGAAUGAGCAACAUUCCUAACAUUAAGAAAUUUCUUCAGCCUGGUAGUCCAAGAAAACCACCUGUGGAUGAGAAAAUGGUUGCAGAAGCAAUCAAAGUUUUCUACUGAGUUGUUCUGCUGAAGACGGCGGCCAGUGUAUUAUUGUAACUUUUAGAAAGUGCAGAAAUUCCAAUUUCAAAUUAUUCUGAAGGGGUGCAAUCAUAAGAUCUUGUAAAUCCACAUAACUGAGAAACUGUUAUAAUACUGUGUGCUAUUACGCCAAAUUGAGACGGGCCACUGUUUUCAAAUCAUUCAAAGGGGCUGCAGUCAUACAUAGGUCUGGG